AUGGAACCAAUCGUUGACCCGUCGGAGCUGCAGUCGUUGGGGGAGUAUGACUUCGAGAAGAACUUCAACGACCGGGAGGCCAGGGAAUGGAUGCAGGACAAUUGGCACAAGUCUCUAUUUCUUGCUGCAGCUUAUGUGAUCCUGAUCUUUGGAAUACAGCAUUUCAUGAAAGGAUUGAGAGCCUAUAGCCUGCGCCCAUCACUGACCCUGUGGUCCCUCAGUCUGGCCUUGCUCAGUGCCGCUGGGGCCUGUCGGUUCUGGAAACUAAUGAUCUUCAUCCUCUCUACCAAGGGAUUUAAGCAAUCGGUGUGUAGUCAAUCCUUCUACAUCCACCCCAUCUCCAAGCUUUGGGCCUAUAUAUUUUUGCUGAGCAAACUCCUGGAAUUGGGUGACACCGUGUUCAUUGUUCUCCGGAAAAAGAAGCUCAUCUUCCUCCACUGGUACCACCACACCACCGCGCUGAUCAUCACCUGGUACGCCUAUAAUGAUAUGGUAGCUGGCGGCGGCUGGCUUGGAGUCUUGAACUACAGUGUCCAUGCUAUCAUGUACUCCUACUAUGCCGUGCGAGCUGCAGGCUUCCAGCUACCCCGCCUCAUCGCCAUAACAAUCACCCUUAUACAGAUGCUGCAGAUGCUGACAUAUGCAGUAAUUAACAUCUUUAUCUUCUACUGGAAGGAGGAUAAGGUCUGCCACACCACCUGGACAAUGCUUUUCCUUUCAUUCAUUAUGUAUACCAGUCUCCUGAUUCUGUUCUGCAACUUCUUUUUCAAGACUUAUCUGAGGAACACCCCGAAAUCAAAGGGGGAAUAA